AUGGCCACACAAACUAGUCAUGUCUUCUAUGCUCAAGAUAAUACAUCUCUGGAAAAUCACUGCACGAGGAGAAUCACUGAGAGAAAUCCCAAGAAGCAACUGAACCGGAAAGAUAUGCAUGGACUUGGUCAAAAUUCAGACAAUGGAUUACUGGUUACACAUGUUAACCAGACACAGGACCUGCUGAGGCUACUGACAAGUGAAACCCCGUCUUCAGCCUGGGAGGACUCUGAAGAUUGGCUUUCAACUCACAGUUUAAAGUUUGAGAAACUCACCUUGGCUGACCUGAUAAGUCAGGGCACAGUGGUACCGGAGGAGGGCACCAAUGCCGUACAGCAAAUGCAUUUCUCCACCCAGAUCAUCCACCACUUUGAAUCAAAGCUUUUGGAAGCUAUUGAACAAUAUCAACAGAGAAUUCAGUGGCUCACAGAAAACAGCAAGAAGACAUUUGGCCUCAUCAAGGGGACCAGAGUUGGCAUCCUCAUUGAUGUAUCAGCUGUCAGCAGUGGCCCUCAGAAAGAGGAGUUCCAGAAUGACUUCAUGAGCCUCAUUGAUGAGCAGCUGAGCCACAAGGAGAAGCUGUUUGUCCUGUCCUUUGGCAUCACAACCCAGGCCCUCUGGCCGGACCCUGUGGAAGUCAACACCUCCACGCUCCAGGAACUCAAGCUCUGGGUAAAGACAUUGCAAUCCGAUGGAGGCAGCAAUUUGCUGCAAGCCCUGAAGAAAAUCUUCACUCUAAAGGAGUUGAAUUACCUGGUGGCCAUAAUGGGACGCUGCCCAGAUCAGCCUUCCGAAAUGCUGUGUGACUAUAUCCAGCAGGCCAGCUUGGGAAGGGAACUCAUCACCCACAUCAUCACCUACAAAUGCAGUGAUCAGUUACCCCCUGCUGUCCUGAAGAACCUUGCAGAUGCCAUCGGGGGCUACUAUCACUGCUACAGCCCAGGGGCACAGCUCUUUGGCAACCAGGACGUGGAUGAGCUCCUGGCAGAAAUCCAGAAGGCCCAGAACCUCCUCAGCCACGUCCAAGCCCUGUAUCACAGCUCCAGCAAUGCCUAUGAAGAGCUGACCUGCAUUAUGAAGGAGAUUUCUGCAGAGAUUGCAAAGGGGACACUUAAGGGUCUCUUGCCUAAACCCCCAAAGCAUGAAGCUCCUCUCACAAUUGAGUUUCCGAACUUGGACAAGACUUCUGCAGAAUGGCUGAAGAUCAAUGGUCUGAAAGCCAAGAAAUUAAGCCUUUACCAGGUUCUGGCCCCUAAUGCAUUCUCUCCUGUGGAGGAAUUUGUGCCUAUUCUCCAGAAAACCAUAUCAUCAACUAUCCACGAGAAGGCAAUGGUACAAUUUGAAUGGCAUGACGGGACAGUGAAGAAUAUUCACGUGGACCCGCCCUUCCUCUAUGAGUACCAGAAACAGCUCAGCAGGGCUAUGAGGAUGUAUGAGUGGCGGAUUGAGUGGCUCUCUCUGGCCAGUCGAAGAAUCUGGGGCACUGUCUGUGAAAAAAGGGUGGUUAUACUGCUCGAUAUCUCUGUGACCAAUUCCAUGUACAUUAUUCAUAUCCAGCACUCCCUGCGGCUGCUGCUGGAGGAGCAGCUAUCCAACAAGGACUGCUUCAACCUCAUCGCGUUUGGAAGUACAGUCAAAAGCUGGAGGCCUGAGAUGGUUCCUGUGAGCCACGACAAUUUACAGAGUGCCUGGCGGUGGGCCCUGAGCCUACAGUGUUGGGGCAGCAGGAACGUCCUGGGAGCCCUACGGAAGGCUGUGGAAGUGGACUUCAAGGACAAAGACAAGCACCAAUCACAGGGCAUCUACCUCUUCACGGGGGGCAUCCCUGACCAAGACAUGCCCACACUCAGCUCCUACGUGGCCGAGGUCUGUGGGGGCUGCGACCUCCGGCUGAAUGUGUGUCUCUUCUAUGUGGGUGAGCCACCGAUGGACACCAUGCCCCCAGCCUGCUAUGCCAACCGCACUGACACAGCCGCUGCCUACAGGGAGGUCACCCGGGCUGCUGGUGGCCGCUUCCACUGGUUUGGAGAAACAGGCAUUUAUGAGAGUGAUGACAUCAAUGCCAUCAUGUCUGAGAUGGAGAAGGCUUUCAACUACUCCCAAAAGUGUGCCUUACUAGUGGCCUCCUUGAAGAACCAGUCUGGAAGAAAACAGGGAAGUGCAGCCCUUCAGAAGGAAAAGCCAAAGAUGAUCCUGCAGAGAAGCCAGCCCAAGAAGCUCUGUUUUACCAAGCCCGCGACCCCCUCAGUGGCCAGAAUGAACAUUAAAGAUGACUCCAACAGAGAGAAGAGUCCCCCCUCAAAGGCUCUGAAAUGGCAUCUACUUGGUGGCAAAGUGGGCACUUCACCAGCUGCAGCCCAGCCAGUGAAAGAUGUAACAGAAAAGAGAAAGAAGACCAAGUCCCGGGAAGCAGAGACAGCUCUAUCAUUGUUCUACACAGACACAGGGAACAAAGUGGGAUCAGUGUACAAGAAGUACCCUCAAGGAGGGGCCUUGAGAAGGACUAGUUCUUCUAUUGAGUUGCCCAGAAAGGAUACAGCUUGCUCAAGCCAAGAGUGGGUAGCAAAUUAUGGGCUGAAGAAACUGAAGCUAGAAAUCUCCAGGUGCCUCGGCCCCAUCUGUACUCGUCAAAAGUCAACGUCUCCCAAGUACUGCAGUGUCUUCCCCAGCAUAGAAAUCAACGGGGUGGUGAGACACAUUCAGUGGACGCCCAGGGACAUGGAGGUGUACAUCAUGUGCAUGGAGAAGGUGAUGAGGCGCUAUGUGCAGAGGCUGCAGUGGCUGCUGUCUGGGAGCCGCCGGCUGUUUGGCGCCAUCCUGGAGAGCAAAGUGUGCAUCCUACUGGACAUGUCAGGGUCCAUGGGCCCCUAUCUGCAGCAGGUGAAGAUAGGACUGAUUCUGCUGAUCUGGGAACAGCUGCGGAAGCACUGCGACAGUUUUAACCUGCUCAGCUUUGCAGAGGGCCUUCAGCCAUGGCGGGACACUCUCGUGGAGACCACAGAUGCAGCGUGUCAUGAGGCUAUGCAAUGGGUGACCCACCUGAAUGCUCAGGGAAGCACCUCAAUCUUGCAAGCAUUGCUGAAAGCUUUCAGCUUUCGUGACCUGGAAGGAAUAUACCUCCUGACUGAUGGGAAGCCAGACACGAGCUGCAGCCUUGUUUUAAGUGAAGUCCAAAGACUCAGGGAGAAGAGAGAUGUAAAAGUGCACACCAUUUCCUUGAACUGCUCGGACAGAGCUAAGGUUGAGUUCCUGAAGAAGCUGGCUUACCUCACUGGGGGCCGCUAUCACUGCCCUGUGGGUGAGGACACGCUUGUCACCAUUCGCGGCCUGCUGACCAAAGGCUUCAUUGAGGAACAGGAUCCCACAUUGCCACCAUUUGAAGGAGAUGAUUUAAAGAGACUGGCUAGGGAGAUCACCAAGGCCAGAAGCUUCCUCGGGCAGGCCCAGUUCUUCAGAUCCCAGAUCCAGAAGAAAAACAAUGUGAAACCAGAGGUUGCUGUUCCUUAG